ACAUUUCCUUUAGGAAUUCUUCUAAAUGUUGUAUGUGUUUCUUUAAAAAAAUUUGUUUAUAGAUAUUGUAUCUACGCUUAACAGUUUUUCCAUUUCAAAUAGCAGCACACACAGAUCCUAAUCGCAGCAUAAACUCAUUUGUAGUUCUUAUUAAUUAAGACAUAAGUCUUUUCAUCUCUCCUUUGUGCUUCAACGAUGUCCGGACACAGGUUGGAGGGCAAAAUCGCAAUUAUUACCGGCGGAGCGAGCGGCAUAGGAGCCGAGGCCGCCAGACUGUUCGCUGGACACGGCGCUCGGGUCGUGAUCGUGGAUGUCCAAGACAAGUUGGGACGAAAAGUCGCCGUCUCCAUAGGAGAAGACCGAGCCACUUACUACCGUUGUGAUGUAACGGACGAGGCGCAGGUCGAAAACGCCGUCAAGUUCACCGUCGACAAAUACGGACGGCUCGACAUUCUCUUUAGUAACGCCGGUAUCAUGGAACAGUUCGGGAGCAUCCUUGACCUGAACCUCGCCCAUCUCGACAGGACCAUGGCCGUCAAUCUCCGUGGCUCGACCGCCUUCAUCAAGCACGCGGCCCGUGCCAUGGUGGCGAGCGGAAUCCGUGGCUCGAUCGUCUGCACGACGAGCGUGGCAGCCGAGAUAGCAGGAGCGGGACCGCAUGCGUACACGGCGUCGAAGCACGCGCUCGUGGGUCUGGUCAAGUCGGCUUGCGGCGAGCUGGGAAGGCACGGAAUCAGGGUUAACGGCGUCGCGCCGUUCGGGGUGGCCACCGGAAUAACUAGCGAUGGUACGGCCGAAGGCGACAAGAAUGUGGAGGGCUUGAUCGCCGCGUCGGGGAACCUGAAGGGCGUUGUGCUGAAGACUCGCGACGUGGCGGAGGCAGCGCUUUUCCUGGCUUCCGACGAGUCGGUUUACAUUAGUGGCCAGAACCUCGUCAUUGACGGCGGUUACUCGGUGGUCAAGCAACUUCCAUCCGCCUAAUAAAAACCUAUCUCUUUUUCCCUUUUUCCAGAUAAAUAAAUUAUAAGGUCCGAUGACUGUCCAAUAAAAUUUCGUUAUCCUAUUGUGUAAGAUCUUAACCAAGCCCAUCUCCAACCAGUUUUUAUCAUAAACGAGCGUAUUCGUUUUGCCCAUAAUAUUUUAAGGAUGACCCAUAACCGCAAAACCCCCAACCGACUAAAUGUAAUAGACGUGACACGGAAAUAAAAAAAAGACGUGACACACAUUAUUGUUA